AUGGAAAACAUUAGUACCACUACUACAACAGAACAAAAUGAAUGUUUCCUAACUGAUGAAGAAAUUAAGAAAUCUUACAAUUUGUCACUUCAUAUCGUAUCCAUUUUUGUACUAUUAGUUGUUUCAUUUUUUGGUGCUUCCCUUUCGGUUGCAUCAGCACGAGUUAAAUCUUUAUAUAUUAAUCCAAUUAUUAUCAAUACAGGAAAAUUUUUUGGUAGUGGAGUUGUAUUAGCAACAGGUUUUAUUCAUAUAUUACCCGAUGCAAUGGAAACUUUGACUGAUCCUUGUUUACCUGAGUCUUGGAAUGUAUAUGGUGCUUAUGCUGGUCUUUUUGCUAUGUUAGCUGUUCUUAUUAUGCAAUUAAUUGAAUUCUUAGCUCAUCAACGAUUACGUUCAAUGAUACAUGGACAUGCUCAUGUAACAAUAAAGGAUGAUGCCAAUGAAAUAACGAAACAAGAAUAUGGAGAUAAUAAAACAGCCGAAUUUACAGAGAUGGAACAAACUACUAAUGAAAUUGUUGAACCUGUAUCUAUGGAAAACGUAAAUAAUAAGAUAAAAAAGCCUCGAAAGAAAAAAUGUAUGAAUGAUAAAGUUUAUGAUAUUGAAAAUAUACAAGAAAUCAAUAUUAAAGCAGAAGAACCUGAAAAUGUAGAACAAAUUAUUGAAAAUAUUGAAAAACCUAACAAGAAGAAAAAAAAGCAUAAUCAUAAUGAUGAAUCUACAACCAUAGAAAAAGUUCCUAGUAACACUGAAGUAUCAGCACAUAACAAUCAAAAUGAUUGCAUAGUAAUUGAAAUACCAUCCGUCGAAUUUGAACUUCCAUCAAUAGAACAUUGUGAACCAUCAUCAGGACAUUGUCAUGGUGCAAUUUUUCAAGAUGAAGGUGAAGAAAAUAAAAUAAGUGCUUAUUUACUUGAAUUUGGCAUAGCUCUUCAUUCGAUUCUUAUUGGUUUAACAUUGGGUACCACAACUGAAUCAUUCGUUCCUCUAUUCAUUGCACUUUGUUUCCAUCAAUUUUUUGAAGCAAUUGCUCUUGGUGCACAAAUUGCUCGUUCAAAGAAAAUUUCCAUUAAAUCAGCGUUGUUUAUGAUUAUUUUUUUUUCAUUUACAACACCUGUUGGCAUUGGUAUUGGUAUUGGUAUUCAUUCUGGUACAUACAAUCCAAAAUCAGUUUCUUCAUUACUUGUUACUGGUAUCUUAGAUUCAUUCGCAGCUGGAAUUCUUAUUUAUGUAGCUAUAGUCAAUUUAAUUACAGCUGAAAUGGGUCCUCAUGCAACUGAAUUUCAUUUAUUACGUAAUAGAUUAAAAUUAUUAUAUUUUGUAGCAUUAUAUCUAGGUGUUACAGCUAUGGCUAUUAUUGGCCGAUGGGCUUAA